UAUGCAAUUGUUGCUACUAGCAACGCUAAACUGUACACGACUGUAUAAUUCGAAACAUGCUUUCUCAGUACACGAUUAAACGUGAAAACCUAAUAAUUUCUCUUAUUAUUUAGUUACCAUAUUAUUAAAUUAACAGUAACACGACAGUCGCUAUGAGCUUAAUCUUUGGCGGGAGCGAUAGCAACAAUAACACGAAUACAAUUAUUUUUGACUCUUCAAAAUGUGAAAGAAAACUCAAUGAAGAGUUUAAAGUGCUGCAGAGAAAGUUGAAAUCGAAAUGGAAAUUUGUCGAAAACAACGAUACGUUAACAGACGAAUCGUUAUCCACAGGCAAAGUAUUAGUACUUCCAGGACCGCGAAAUAAAUUCACAGAACUAGAAAUGAAUUCCAUUAGAACGUUUCUAAAUUCUGGUGGACACGUGUUAGUUAUGCUGGGUGAAGGAGGUGAAAAAAGGUCUAAUACAAAUGUAAAUUUCUUACUGGAGGAAUUUGGAAUAAUGGUGAACAAUGACAGUGUGAUACGCAUGAGUUACAGUCAAACAAUGCAUCCAAAGGAAUGUUUAAUUUCACAGGGGAUGUCAAAUAAAUCAAUAUUUUCUAAGAGUCAUAAUGAAUACAUAGACCUAGCUUUUUUAUACCCGUAUGGUGCAACUUUAAAUGUGGCACAACCAUCUAUCGUUGCAUUGUCUAGUGGAUCUGUUGCAGUUCCAACAAACAGACCCAUUUGUGCUUAUCACUACAGCGAAGCAAGUGGUAGUAAAUUACUUGUUUUAGGUUCAUCCAGAAUGUUAACUGAUACAUAUAUUGAAAAGGAAAAGAAUGAUUUAUUAAGGGAAAUGAUAUUUGAUUUUUUUGAAUCCAAAGAAAUUGUUGCCAAAGAAUCCCAAAUGGAUGAUGUAGAUUUCUGGGAGUACAAUUUUGUGCCAGAUAUAACACAACAAGCAGACAAUCCAAAGGUGUGUACUCAGGACAUGGACAUGAUGGAUAAUCCUCACGAAUAUACCAAGUUAUUUAAACAUCACUUGUAUUCUGUAAAUUUAAAUAUGGUGCCAGCUUGCAUAAAGGCAUAUGAAGUUUUGAGUGUGAAGCACGAACCUCUUACUUUAAUUCCACCGCAUUUCGAGGCACCAUUACCAUCCACACAAGCAUCGGUACAAAUUUUUAUUAAUUACAUUAAUUUUAGUGAAUAUGCCAUAUGUUUCUACAUAUAAUUUUUAAAAUUUGUUCAAAGGUCUUCCCACCGAGUUUCCAAGAGCUACCCCCACCAGCUCUGGAAUUAUUCGAUUUGGACGAGGCCUUCAGUUCUGAUUUAUUAAAACUGUCGCAAUUAACAAAUAAAUACAUGACAACUAGU